AUGGCCGUGUCCUUCUCGGUCCGGCCCACCGUCAUCUUGUGCGCGGUCCAGAGUUGCGUUCUACUCUUCUUCUUCUUGCUUUGUGGGUGGCCCAUCUGCGCCACCACUGCGCAGGACUGGCAGCUCAUCGCCUGGGGGGCCGAUCCUUCUACUACUCCGGUCGGCGACCACUUCGCCGACGUGUGGGCCGGCAUGGAGCACCAUUGCGCCCUCCGCAGCAAUCACUCCUCCGUGUGCUGGGGCAACAACACCUUCAAUCAAGUGAGCCCCUCGCCCGCGCUCGCGCCCUCGUCCGGCAACUACUUCGCCAGCUUCGGUCUGGGCGCGACCCACUCGUGUGCGGUCGUCGACAACGGCACGGUUCUCUGCUGGGGCGACGACACCUACGGCCAAGCGACGCCGCCCGCCGGACUCCAGUUCCGACUCGUCGUGUCGGGCCGCUUCUACUCGUGUGGCCUGCUCCGCGCCAACGGCUCUCUUGUGUGCUGGGGAGGCUACCUCCCGACUCCUCCGCCCGGGGACCCGCAGUUCGCUGGGCUCGCGCUCACCGUGGACCUAAUCUGCGGUCUUCUGGCGAACGGCAGCGCUCUGUGCCUCAGCUCGGCCGCGACUGUGCCUGCAGGCCUGACGUUCCGGCAGGUGUGCGCCGGGGUCGGGUUCGCGUGCGGGGUGCUGAUGAACAGCACGGCCGUGUGCUGGGGCGACCAGCAGGUGGUCGCACCGACCGAUGACCUCUUCGCUUCGAUUUCGUGCACCUGGUACCACGCGUGCGGUCUGCGCCCGAACAACACCAUACGCUGCUGGAGCUCGCUGAACGGCACUCGGCCAUACGUGAGCGGACCGAACAGCUAUCCGCAGCUCACCUUUGCCCGCAUCACGACGUCGUUCUCGACCACCACCGGUCUGCUAUAUGCUUCGCCGUCGCCGUCCAGCACUCCGUCGCCGUCCAGCACUCCGUCGCCGUCUAAUACGCCGUCCAGCACUCCGUCAAGCACGCCAUCGCCGUCCACGACGCCGUCGCCGUCCAGCACGCCAUCGCCGUCUAAUACGCCGUCGCCGUCUAAUACGCCGUCCAGCACGCCGUCCAGCACGCCGUCAAGCACGCCGUCAAGCACGCCAUCGCCGUCCAACACGCCGUCGCCGUCGCCCACGCCGGUGGGCCUCAGGGCGAAUGCCACGGGUGACAUGCCGCGACUGCACUUUGCCGUGACGCAACCGAAAGUGACCAUCCAACCUGCAGAUCAAACGAGCCCGGUCCAAGUCAGCGUGGGGGUGGGGCGAGUGGCGGAGGUUGACGCCAACGCGACGUCGCUGCUCUCUGCGAUCAUUUGUCCGGGGAAUUGGAGCGAGGUGAGCAACGACAGUGCUGGUGCAGCAUUCGGAGCUAAGCAGUCGUUCGUCUUCGUGGCCGAUCUGGUGUUCAACUCCACCUCGUCCUGCGCUGACCUUGGCGCAGCCGAGAGGCCCAGGGUGGAGUUGCAGUAUUUUACCUUCGAGCGGAACAGCACCAUUUCGUUGGGCAGCAACGCGACCGGAUCGUACCAGCUCUCUUUCGACAUCAGCCCUUCCUUCACCAAGUUCACCCUCCGCCUCUUCCACUGGCCCUGGCUUGGUGCCGACUCGAAUCGAGUGGAGGUGGACAUCAACAUCUCUUCGCCCUUCGCCAGCUCCGUUCCAUUGCCGGCCGCUGACGGCGACACGACGCUCGAGCUGCGCGGGCAAGCGCGGAGCGCCGACGGUCGUCCGUACUCCACGCAAGUGCGGCUGGUUCGAGCCGUCACGCUUGACGAUGUCCUGGUGCUCGCCACCAAUGACACCGAUGACAGGGCCGCUGUGGAAUUCGCGUUCGAUGAGCAGCUGUCAAAGCUGGUGCUGUCUUUUGCCCGCUUCAACACCUCGCUUGAAUAUGACCCAGACAUCGGUGUGCUACUGGGAAGAAAGGACGACGGAGGCAGCGACAGCAAUCUACCCAUCAUCGUGGGCACUGCGGUCGCGGUGCCAGUGGCCAUUGGGCUGGUCCUGAUGGUCAUUGCGGUGGGCGUGGUGGUCCUCAAGUGGCGGAGCAAGCUUCGCGGGCGCAGGGAGGCCAUCAACAUCGACCAGCACGACUUGGCCGAACUGGACACCGAGCAGCUGUGA